AUGCAAAGUAAAGAAGUGGUAGAAAAAUGUGAUCUUGCUAUUUCCAAGUGGUUUAUUGAUGCAUCUAUUCCUUUCAAUGCUGCAAAUUCGCCGUAUUUUCAACCUGCAGUUGAUGCUCUUUGUUGCAUGGGUGCUGGAUAUAAAGUUCCUACUAUGCAUGCUCUUCGUGGUAAUUUGUUAAAUAAGUGGGUUGAUGACGUGAAGAUACAAAUAGAGCAAUGUCGUUCUAUCUGGAAGGAUACAGGUUGUACUCUUAUGGCAGAUGGGUGGACUGAUCGUUGUAGGAGAACUCUCAUCAACUUUUUAGUUUAUUGCCCCAAAGGGACUGUUUUCAUAAAGUCAGUUGAUGCCUCUGGUGCUUCUAAAACUGCAAACACAUUGUUUAAGCUUUUCAAGGAAAUAGUGUUGUAUGUUGGCCAAGAAAAUGUUGUUCAAAUCGUUACAGAUAAUGCUGCGAAUUAUGUUGCUGCUGGAAAGUUGUUGGAAAGGGAGUUUCCUAAGUUGUUUUGGUCUCCUUGUGCAGCACACUGUAUUAAUUUGAUGUUGCAAGACAUGGGGAAAUUGGAGGAAGUAUGUGAGACAAUGUCACAAGCUUCAAAAAUUACCAAAUACAUAUAUAAUCAUUGUUUUGCAUUGUAUUUGAUGAGACAACAUACAGGUGGAAGAGAAAUACUCCGUCCCGCUCCAACCCGCUUUGCUACUAAUUUCAUUGCAUUGCAAAGUAUUCUGUCUCAUAAAGAUGCACUAAGAGCCAUGGUAACAUCCAAAGAGUGGACAACCACAACUUAUUCCAAAGAUGUCAAGGCAAAGCAAUUUGUGGAACAAGUCUUAGACUCAAGAUUUUGGUCUAAAUGUGCUGACAUAGUGAAAAUUACAGAACCUCUUGUACGUGUGUUGCGCAUUGUUGAUAGUGAAGAUAAACCGGCUAUGGGAUAUCUCUACCGAGCUAUGUAUAAAGCAAGAGAGGAGAUUGAGAAGAGAUUCAAUCCAGAAUAUGAAAAAAACAAGUCCACCACUCAAGGCCUUUUGGAUGUCAUUGAAAAGUAUGCUUAUGAUAGCAAGGACUUGCGAUCUAAAUUAACUGCUGAGAUGACUUCAUUCAAAAAUUGUGAAGGUAGUUUUGGAAGGACAACAGCUGUAGAAAACCGAGAUGAAGUUUUGCCAGAUCAAUGGUGGGAUACUUAUGGAACCGAAGCGCCUAAUUUGCAAAAAUUGGCUAUUCGAAUUUUGAGUCAAACUUGUAGUGCAUCUGGUUGUGAGCGAAAUUGGAGUGUGUUUGAACACAUUCAUUCAAAAAAGAGAAAUAGGUUGGAGCAUCAAAAGCUUAAUGAUCUUGUUUAUGUCCGUUACAACUUACGGUUACAAAAUAGGACCAAGAAGAAACAAAAUUAUGACCCUAUCAAUUUUGAAACACUUGGUGAUCAUUCUAAUUGGGUGUUGGAGGAUUCACCACCAUUCUUGACCAUUGAGGAGGUGGAAGCACUACGCAAAGAUCUUGCUAGUAUGGCAAUCCAACCUAUUUCAAAUGAUAUUGAUGAAUUAAAUUUGGAUGAAGUUGAUGUUGAGAGAGAAGCACCACUUAACUCCGGAGAAAACAACCAAAAUAAUGAUAUCAUUGAUGGGGAAGAUGUUACAAAUGCGAUUGAUUUUGUGGGAGAUGAUUUUGAUAUUGAAGGAGAUCCAAACGUUGAGAUAAUUUUACCUCCUUGGAACUAA